CAAUUGUAUUGUAGACUAAAAAGAUUUUGAACCACUUUGAAUUGGUACUCGGUUGCUCUGUAUUUAAUUUUAAAAAGAAACCAUUUAUUUCCUAUAGGGUCUCGAAAUUCUGACCCCGAGAAGAUAUUCGACACCAACUUGGUUCCAAUUUUUGCAAAGACAAAUGUGUUGGGGGUGUUUUUCUUCAAAAACCGAUUUUUCAACUUUGCCGGCAAUAUCCUUGAAUCGGAGUCUUCUUUUCCCUUCUGCAGGACCCAUUUUGUGCUCUGGACAUCUCAGGAUGUUCAAAACUCUGAAAACGAAGUACUUUACUCUUUGUGGCGAAGCUCCCGGAUAUCCUGCUUGUCUUGAGUAUUAUGAUAGCAAACAGAAGUUUUUAAACAAAGAAACACCAAAAUAUAGGAUUUUUCUUCACAACUGCUUCAGUAUCAACAAAUAUAGCGAUACUAGACAGAAGUAUUGUAUUGCUCUUAAUAUGAUGGAUGACUGCUUCUGCUUUGUAUUGAAGAACGAAAAGGAGUUGGAAGACUGGCUAAAUUCUAUGUUGUUGCUACAGAAUGGAGAACCACAUUCUACUUAUGAGCAUGUAUGGCAAGUAAAUAUCCAGAAAAAGGAACUGGGUAGCAACAUCCAUGGACCUUACAGAUUGUGUCUCACGAAUGAGGCAGUAACUUUCGUCAAGCUGGGUGCAAAAUACAAGUCUGAAUUCAUUAACGUUCCUCUACAAUUUAUAAAACGAUGUGGAUUCCGAGGCCGAGUCUUCUAUAUGGAAAUGGGAAGAAUGGCAAUAACGGGCGCUGGAGACUUUUGGAUGGAAACGAAGGAGACAAAUAUGGCUUUCAAUAUGUGUGUCAACAUAAUGAAUUUUAUGACAAACUUGAACUGCAGAAAGGAGAAAAUAGAAUUUCAGCAAAGAAUGCGAAACUCCUCGAAAGAUGAAAAUCCGUAUUCCAAUACCCACUCUACUUUCUUUGGGUACAAGACCAAAGCUUCUUAUUUAUCUCUUUUGGAUUUUUCGGAAGACCGGAAUUAUAAUUAAUAUUUGCAGGAGAAUAAAGUGUGAUUGCUUU